AUGAUGGUGCUUUUCAAUUUGGAUGUUCAAGUCAUUCAAUUUAAUUAUAAACUUAACCAGAUAUUUCGUCCUGCAGGUUUCUCCGAUCCAGACGGAUUCGACGUGAUCUGUUCUAAAACAACAAGCCUUGACGUAGUGACCGUACCGUUCUCCCGGAUAGCACCUUCGGGCAGCAGGAGGAUGGAUGUAGCGGCCGUCAAAGCGCUAGGACCGAGACAAAAUGUAGGCGAGCUGGAAGCUAAGGUCCUGUCCCGUGCUGCACUUAGUAAAAUCGUCUUGGUUAACCGGGAGGAAUGUGAGCUGAAGGAGAUAUGGGUCGCUGACACUACGGGGGAAAUCAAGCUUACCUUGUGGGAUAGCCUAAUAUCCCAGGUCGACGUCUCCAAAUCCUACUGCUUUUCCAACCUGGCAACGAGAGAGAUGCAAGGGGUUAUUCGUUUAACCACAACUCCAUCUACUCGAGUCGUGGAGAUAACCCAACUGGACGUACCUGAUGAGGGCAGGGAUGAUCCCGAUGACGGCGCUGCUUCUACGACUUUGCGCGGUGUGGUCUCCGGGGUUCAAAUCCGAGCCAGACAUCGUUGUCCGAGGUGCCACGGUCUUCAAAAUCAAAUUUCUGCCAACUCCAUUACUCACAGGUGUGAUGCCUGCAACCUGCUGCAGCGGUCAUCGGUCUACGGCUUAACAUACGGAGGAACGAUAGUUCUCACCGCUGACCAGCAGGAACAUUCGCUGACGGUGACCGAUUCCUGCAUCAACGCUUACCUGGCCAGAUACCGCGUCGCCUAUUCAGAAAACAACGUGGAAACCAUUGAGGAGCAUUUCCUUAAUUUGCCAGAGGUUUUAUGA